GGCAGACUUAUCUCGCAGCUUGAAAAUCAUUCUGCUGCUGCUGUGCUGGCCUACUGCUUUUCUUCAAUCAGCAUGACAGUCGUGAACAAGUAUGUCGUCUCCGGCUCGUCGUGGAACCUUAACUUCCUCUACCUAGCCAUCCAGGCUAUUAUUUGCACGGCUGCAAUCCUCAUUCUAAAGCAGAUGGGCACGAUUCCUAACCUUGUUGCUGUGGAAAGCGGCAAGGCCAAAAAAUGGCUCCCAGUGUCCUUGUUCUUCGUCGGCAUGAUCUAUACCAGCACCAAGGCUCUCCAGUUUCUUUCCGUCCCCGUCUACACGAUUUUCAAGAACCUAACCAUUGUCGUCAUUGCCUAUGGCGAAGUCUUGUGGUUUGGCGGCAAAGUAACUCCCUUGCUCCUACUGUCUUUUGGCCUCAUGGUACUCAGCUCCAUCAUUGCCGCUUGGGCCGAUAUCCAAGUCGUCCUCCACGGCGGCGUUGGAGACAAGACGCAGACUGCAGAUGACGCCAUGUCAACGUUAAACGCAGGCUACAUCUGGAUGGGUCUCAACAUCAUCUGCAGUGCCUCUUAUGUCCUGGGCACGCGCAAGUACAUUACCUCGCUACAGUUCAAAGACUGGGAUACAAUGUACUACAAUAACCUGCUCUCCCUCCCCAUUCUUCUCGCCUGCUCUUUCAUCACCGAAGACUACUCUUCCGCCAAUCUCUCGCGUAACUUUCCCGUGGAAACGCGCACCAACCUCAUUGUUGGCAUGAUUUACUCUGGUCUGGGCGCAAUCUUCAUCUCCUACUCGUCUGCAUGGUGCAUCCGCAAAACGUCAUCGACAACGUAUUCGUUUGUAGGGUACCUGAACAAGCUGCCGCUUGCGAUUAGUGGCAUUGUCUUCUUCGGCGCUCCGGUGACAUUUGGUAGCGUGACGGCGAUCUUGCUGGGCUUCUUUAGUGGCCUUGUGUACGGCUACGGCAAGGUGCAGAUGAAGAAGGAGCAACCGACUCUGCCAACGUCGCAA